AUGCUGCCGCCCAGGUCCUUCCUGAUGCAGAAGCUGAGCGCGCCGUACGACGGCGGUGUGAGCGCCGCCGCCGUGGCGCCGCUGAAGCUGCAGGACGGGGACGACGAUAGCAGCAAGACGAAGAAGAAGAAGGAGUCCAACAUCGGCUGGAUCCUGAGCCUCACCAAGGAGGAGAAGCUGCCGCUGACCGUGGGCGUCGCGGGCAUGACCAUCGCCUCGGCCAUGAACCUCGUGUUCCCGCGCAUCAUGGGCAAGGCCAUCGACGUGGCCUCGGGCAAGCCGGCGCCCGGCGGGCUCAGCCGCAAGGGCUUCGUGGUGGUGGUGCUCGCCACCUUCUUCACGGGCUCGGUGGGCUCCUUCCUGCGCACGUACUCGCUCGGCAUGGUGGCCGAGCGCAUCGCCGCCAAGCUGCGGCGCAGGCUCUACAAGGUGCUGUUGUCGCAGGAGCUCGCCUUCUACAACAACCGCAAGGUGGGCGAGCUCGUCACCCGACUCAGCGGAGACUGCCAGCAAACCGCCAACGCGGUCGUGGACGUCCUGUCCAAUGGCUACAGGUCGCUGAACUCGGCCGUGGGCGCCUCCUGCAUGCUGCUGACUAUCUCGCCCAAGCUCACGCUGGUGUCGCUGACGAUCCUGCCGCUGGUGGGCACGGGCGCGAUGCUCUUCAGCAAGUUCUCGAGUCGUUUGGCUAAGACACACCAGAACUCGGUGGCGGACAUGACGGGCGUUGCCGAGGAGCGGCUGAACAACAUCUUCACGGUCAAGUUGUUCUCGGCGGAGCAGGACGAGCUCGACCACUUUGAGAAGAUCAACAAGGGCAUCUUGGCGAACGCCAAGCGGGCCAAGCGUGCUCGCGGAGUGUUCAUGGGCGGUCUGUCGCUCUCGAUCAACUGCUCGCUCUUCUCGGUGCUGUACUUUGGAGGUUCGCUGGUGGGAUCGGGAGAGCUUACGAUUGGAACGCUCACGUCGUUCGCGCUGUACAGUGGCUUCAUGGGCCUUGGCUUCUCGGGCGUGUCGUCGUGCCUGAGCGAGAUGAAGAAGACCCGCAUGUCAUCGCAGGCGCUGUUCGACUUGCUGUCGCUGCCGCCUGCAGCGGACGGCGAGGGAACGCUGGCCACUGUGAAGGGCCAAGUGCGCUUCACCAACGUCUCGUUCGCGUACCCGUCGCGCCCGGACAUCCUUGUGCUGGACCGCUUGAACAUGGAGAUCAACCCUGGUGAGGUGGUGGCUAUCGUCGGCAAGAGCGGCGCUGGCAAGACCACGAUCGCGUCGCUUAUGUCGAAGAUCAUCAAGCCUACGAGCGGCUCGGUGACCCUGGACGGUGUUGACAUUGCUACGCUGAAGGCUUCGUGGCUCCGCAAGCAGAUUGGUGUUGUCAACCAGGUUCGUUUUUUUAUGGAUCUUCUGGCAGUUUUGCUUUAG